AUGAAAGCUGCAUCAAUUUUUGUCGGCCUCAUCGGGGCCGCAGCAGCAGCCUCUAUCUCCGACCAAGGACAUCCCAAUUUUCACAAAAGGGAUGCAUGUUCCGGAAAUACAGCCACUGACAGGCAAACAUGGUGCGACUACGACUUGAGCACCAAUUACUACGACGAGGUACCAGACACAGGCGUGACUAGGGAGUACUACUUCAAUAUCGAAGAAGUCACCGUCGCCCCUGAUGGGUAUUCCAGGACCGCCAUGGCAGUCAACGGCUCAAUCCCAGGUCCCACAAUUAUAGCUGACUGGGGUGACUACGUUGUUGUGCAUGUCACCAACAGCUUAUCGUCUGCAAAGAAUGGCUCUAGUAUCCAUUUUCAUGGAAUUCGCCAAAACUAUACGAAUCCCAAUGACGGUGUCGUCUCCAUCACUCAGUGUCCCACGGCCCCCGGUCAGACAACAACGUAUACAUGGAGAGCUACCCAGUACGGCACGACUUGGUGGCACUCUCACAUUGGGCUGCAGGCCUAUGAAGGAGUAUUUGGCGGUCUCUUGAUCAAUGGGCCAGCCUCAGAGAAUUAUGAUGAGGACAAAGGUGUCUUAUUCCUAAAUGACUGGAGUCAUCAGACAGCAGACGAGUUGUACGAAUCUGCCCAGGUGAAUGGCCCGCCGACCCUGGAUAAUGGUCUUAUCAAUGGUACCAAUGUAUACGGCGACGAUGGUGCUUCUAACCAGACGGGAUAUCGAUUCAACACAUCGUUCACGGCGGGAACAUCGUAUCGAUUUAGAUUGGUAAAUGCUGCCAUUGACACACACUUCAAAUUCUCCAUUGAUAACCACACUCUCACCGUGAUGGCUAUGGAUUUGGUGCCUAUUGUACCAUACACCACUACUGUUCUAAGUAUCGGAAUAGGUGAGCGGUACGACAUCGUAGUGAGCGCAGACCAGUCUUCGGUUGCGGAUAACUUCUGGAUGCGGGCCAUUCCCCAAGAGGCAUGCUCCGAUAACGACAGCACGGACAAUAUAAAAGGCAUCGUAUACUACGGCGACUCUGCUUCCACACCUACCACAACCGGGUACAGUUAUACCGACAGCUGCGACGACGAGGAUAUUUCCGACCUAGUCCCUUAUCUCUCUCAAAGCGCCUCAUCGCCAUACUACAACUCCAGCGAACCCGUAACCCUGGGCACAAACUCGGACAACCUUUUCCGAUGGAAGCUCAACGGCACGUCGAUGCAAAUAUACUGGGACAAUCCAACGCUCCUUCAAAUUUAUAACAAUGAGACCACCUUCACAAACUACAGUGGCGUCGUGGAGCUGCCUGAAGCGAAUAAGUGGUCAUACAUCGUCAUCGAGACUGCACUCACCGUACCGCAUCCUAUCCAUUUACACGGUCACGAUUUCUACAUUCUGGCGCAGGGAACCGGUACAUAUGAUUCUUCAGAUAUUGGAACUCUGACUAACCCUCCUCGUCGCGAUGUGGCUAUGUUGCCGGGCACGGGGUAUUUGGUGGUAGCGUUCAAGACUGAUAACCCCGGUGCGUGGCUGAUGCAUUGUCAUAUUGGAUGGCAUACGGAGGAAGGUUUCGCAAUUCAAUUUUUGGAACAGUACGAUGAGGCGCGGGCGUUGAUUGAUUAUGAUACGUUGAAUUCUACUUGUGAGGCUUGGGAUGCAUAUGUGGAGGAGAGUUCGGUUGAGCAGGAGGAUGAUGGGAUUUGA